AAGUGACUAAAAACAGCCCGGAUUUUGCCAUAAAUAAAAUUUUGCUACUUCAUAAUUAUUCGAUAAUAGUUUAAUUGAAAUUAUUGGAUAUUCUUUUAAAUUUUGGUUACAUCUGUCGACAGUCACCGGAUUGUAUCGUAUAAGUACUUAACAAUGCUGUUAUAGCUUCUGAAAAACCGUAUCCAGCUGGUGCGAUGUUGUUGUACGACUGAGGCAGUCAGAGACUGAAACUUCGUAAUCGACGAAGUAGAAACCUGUAAUUCCGCGAGGCGCGGAGGUUUAAUUCCGGAUUACCCUUUACGCUUUUGUUACUCGGAGGGACACUGCGCUGUUAUUUUUGCGUGGUACAGUCUGGUCCUCGGAUGCCGUCGGUUUGCAAGCCAUUGCAGCAGGGUUGACCGAUCGCCGAUUACACUUGCCCGUCGCACAGUUUCGUGGUGGAAGAUCGAUCCUUCAGCUUCAUCCCCACUGGCAGUCAUUAACUUUUGUCAAUGAAUACGCGAAUUUCUUGCACCUGACGUGGUAAAAAUUUACAAUGGACUCAGACGGACUUGGAGGCACAUUGGUGACAACUUACAAGUGAUUCUUUGAGAACAUCGCGCUGUGAAUGCUUACGAGUCCAUUGCGUAUUAUGAAUUUAUGAUUAUUGAUUUUUAUUCUGCCCGUUGAAAUCAAAGACGAAAUAAUGUACGAACCACCGGCAACAACCUUCGGAGACGGGAGUGAGCCGUAUCCUCGGCAGAACAUCACGCCUGCCUGGACUUCGCACCCCACUUCACCGCCCCUGCCGACGCCCCCCGAUGACUCCUUCACCCCCGCCGAACUGUCUGCCGCCCUUGUCGACGCUGUUCAGCGCGGCAACAUGGAAAAGUUGCAGCGUCUGGUCGAUUUGUACAGGUAUGAUGUGAACACUCCCGAUAAGGAGGAUUGUUCUCUCCUGCAGUGGGCGGCGCUUAAUAACCACGUGCCGGUGAUGCGCUACCUGAUCGAGAAGGGUGCCAACGUGGAUUACAUUGGCGGGGAACUGCGGGCCACGCCCCUGCACUGGGCCACUUUCAUGGGUAACCUCCCGGCGGUGGUGUGUCUGGUGCAGCAGGGGGCGGACGCCGGCGUGGUUAACCGCGACGGCUGCACCACACUGCACUUCGCGGCGCAGCGCGGUUUCAGCCACAUCGUAGCGUAUCUUCUAGGCCGCGGGAUGGAUGUCAAUCUGCGCGAUCAGUUCGGCAUGACGCCGCUGAUGUGGGCCACCAAAGUGGCCGCCAUGGAUCCCGCCCGCCUCCUCGUCCAUAUGGGUGCCGACGUAAACGCCAAGGACCGCAUGCAUGGCAACACGGCGCUGCACUGGGCCGUCCUUAACACCAAUGUAAGCGUCUGCCAGCUGCUGUUGUCCAGCGGCGCGGAUGUUGACGCGGUGAACGUCGAUAACAAGACGCCGCUGCAAUUGUCGUUGACGGAGAAACGGAAUCGCUUUGUGGAGGAGAUCAUCCGCACUCACCGCCAGGAAAGGGGGCUGGAGGGCUCCUGGAUCACGCGCAACAUCCUCCGCAACGAUCGGCUGGUGCGUGGUCUAUUCAACAGCGUCCCGGUGCUGACUUUUAUCUUUGUGGGCAGCGUUUUCACCCUCAACUGCAGCUACUUCCUCAAAUUCCUUGCCAUUAUAAUCUACGCCCUUAUCGUCUUCUACGCCGGGAAGUGGCUGCACUUUUCGCGUUUCUCCGAAAAAUUCGCCCUGGCGGUGUACCUCGGCUGCAAAUCUUGCAUCCUCCUCACCGCCUUUUUCCUAUGGCUACCGACGGUGUACUCUUGGACCAACAUCUUGGCCUGGAUAAUUCUGAUGGGCGGAUUAUGGUACAACUUCCUGCGCACAUGGCUAGGCGAUCCCGGCUUCAUUAAUCCACCCAAGGAAGACAAAUUGCGCGCCGUGGUGGAGUUGGCGGAGAAGAAUGAGUUCAGCGUGGCCAAACUCUGCACGACGUGUCUUGUCGUGCGACCGCUGCGCUCGAAACACUGCUCGGUGUGCGGAAAAUGCGUGGCGGUGAUGGACCACCACUGUCCCUUCACCGGCAACUGUGUGGGCCGCGCCAAUCAUCGUUUCUUCGUGGGCUACCUGGUGUGGCUUAGUAUGUCGGGCAUCGGCGCUGUUCACACCGGAUUGACGUAUCUGGGCGCGGUGUGUGGGCUUGAAUCGGCACGGUUCCUCUUGACCAUCGGCCCGGCGCUGGAGUGCGGGGCGUGGAGCGCCUUCGUCAUCGCCUUUGCGCUGCUGUUCACGGUGUGGAUUGGAUUCCUUGCGCUGAUGCAGUUGUACCAGAUCUCCGUGGUGGCCAUGACGACCAAUGAGCGCAUCAAUCAGCACCGCUACGGACACUUCCGUGGGGAGGAUGGGACGCGACUGAGCCCUUUUCAUAAGGGCUUCGUGGGAAAUUGUCUCGAAUUCUGGGAGAUGGAAUGCUUUGGUUUGCGGCGCAGAUGGCUGGAUGGGAAACCUUAUCAAAAGCUGAAUGAUGAAAAUGUCUAAAUCACUCUUUUUCCCUACGUUUAACGACCAUUUAAUACAGAUUUUCGCUCUUCAUAAUACAGGUUUACAGAUUUGACAACUCGACAAUUUUGAUGUACAAUGUACGUCUUUUUUGGAUUUUGGAAUUCUGAAUUAAUAAAGUAUUACAAGACUCGCUGGAUCGAUGGGAAAUUUGCUAAAUCCAAAAAAAAUCGAUGUACGCAGAAAAAUUUUUAGUAUCAAAAUAGAUACAGUAUAGUGCGUACUUGCAAAAAAUAAAAGAAUUUAACUACUGACCAGAGAGUACUUAAUACUGUUAAUAGGGA